CAGGCUCAUCCUCUUCCUCUUCCAUCUACUUAUCAGCGUGCCCCCCUGUCCAGGCUGAGAAUUCUCUGCCUUUGUGUCCUCUGUAUAUCACUCACAAUGGGUCUCCCCAUGCUACAGCUGUCCCUUGUCGUACUGCUUUUACCAGCCCUAAUAUCGGCAUAUCGUGUGACCGGGUUAGUGGGAGAAAAUGUGCUGUUGCCCUGCCCAAUCUUAGAUAGCAAAAACCCAAGCAACAUAUGCUGGGGGCGUGGCAGCUGCUCGGCCCUCGGCUGUAACAACCCCAUCACCAAAGCAGAGGCCAACAAAGUGACCUGGAGUAAAUCAGAAAGAUACCAGGUGAAAGGAAACCUGGGAGAAGGUGAUGCAUCAAUGGAAGUCAAUGAUGUCACCCUGGAUGACAGCGGCACCUACUGUUGCCGAGUGAAGACCGCAGAGUUGGACCUGAAGAGGGAGAUACAUGUGGAGAUACAACAUCCUUCAAAAGAUAAUCUUGUGCGAGGACCAGUGGAUAGUAUAUUGAGCUUACCCUGCAAGUACUCCACUAAGGAAGGCAAGAGUCCCAUGUGUUGGGGGCGAGGCAACUGUGGACUCACAGGAUGCCCCAAUAAGAUCCUCAGUACUGAUGGAGACAAAGUGACCUUCAGUGAAUCAGACAGAUAUGAGUUACGGGAAAGUAUAAUUGGGGGGGAUGUCUCACUGACAAUAAAUGGCGUGUUCAAGGAAGAUGAAGGGACAUACUGCUGCCGGGUGGAGAUCCCAGGGCCAUUCAAUGACCUGAAGAAAGAUGUUCAGCUGGAAGUUGAAGAUGUGAAUCUGGUAAGGGGAUCUCUAGGUGAUAAACUGACGCUGCCCUGCUCUUACGCCACUGAUGCCGGUACACGUUCGGUGUGCUGGGGACGAGGACAUUGUGGAAUACUUUCCUGCCGCAAUGACGUUCUUAAAACAAAUGGUGAUGAAGUAACCUGGAGGGAUGGAGAAAGAUACCAACUAAAAGAAAACAUAAUGAAGGGGAACGUAUCACUGACUAUCAAUGGCGUCAAUGAGAAUGAUGGUGGAGUGUACUGCUGCAGAGUGAGAGUCCCAGGAGCGUUCAAUGAUAUAAAGAAGGAAGUCCGCCUAGAGAUACACAACACGGAUCAUGUGAAGGGAUUAGCUGGUGCUACAGUGAAGUUACCCUGUUCAUACAAUGUCAGUGAAGGUACCACCAAGAUGUGCUGGGGAAAAGGCAACUGCCCCAGGUAUAGAUGUACAGAUGCCCUUGUGUGGACUGACGGUGAAGAGAUAACCUGGAGAGAGUCUGGUAGAUACCGUAUGAUGGAAAACCUGCAGCAUGGAGACGUGUCACUCUCUAUCAUUGGUGUCUCUAAGGAAGAUGAAGGGACCUACUGCUGUAGAGUGGAGACCCCAGGUCUCUUUAAUGACAAGAUUAAGGAAAUCAGAUUGGAGGUGCAAGAUAAUGGAAUGCAGUCCGCUACUAAAGUGAAAGUUUAA